AUAUUUUAUUCGGUUCUAUAUUGGGAAUGACAAGGCUAAAAUUAACAAUAGCAUUGGGGUUUAUGUCAGUUGUAGCAGUCUUAUGUAUUACUGCUUGGAAUAUUCGAGGUCAAGAUAAAAAAGAAGAACACCUGGUAAAGAAAGAUGUGGAACCCAUGGGUAUGGUGCAAGAAAAAGCCGACAACAAACAAUACAUGACAUUUGAUGAUUGGCUGUCUGGAACAUUCCGUUAUUCGACAUUCUAUCCGAAUUGGGUAUCAGAUUCUGAAUACGCGUAUAGAACACCAGAAGGGUCAAUAAUGAAGAAAAAUAUAAGUAGCGAAGAUGAAAGUGUAUUGUUGGACGAGACUGCAUGGAAAAGCGUAUCAAAUCCAUCAUCUUAUUCAAUAUCUGCUGAUAUGGAAUAUGUAGCGAUCACUUAUGAAAAUACUGACGGAUAUGCUAAUUACAUGAAAACUUUUUCUGUGGACGUGUUUUCAACUUCUGAUUCAACGAAGCAGACGAUUCCAAAUUUUCCAGCUGAUAAAAUACAAAAAAUCAAGUGGGCUCCUGUUGGUAACAAGAUGGCGUUCGUUCAUGACUUUGACGUCUAUGUCGUUGUUGAUUUCAGAGCAGCACCAGCAAGAAUAACACAUGACGGUGAAGAAAAUGUUAAAUUUAACGGUAUAGCUGACUGGUUGCAUUGGAUUGAAAUUACAAAUGAUGACGCUUUACUCUGGUGGUCUCCAUCUGGAUCGUACCUAGCAUACGCAACAAUCGAUGAAACCAAUGUGAAGAAUUUUGACUUUGCUAUAUUUGGUGGAUUGCAAUAUCCGAACAUGAUCAGUUUCCCGUAUCCAAAGCCUGGCACUCCGUUGCCUCAAACUAAAACUUUUGUCGCAGAUAUGUCAGAUCCCGCAAAUAACGUUGAAGCCGUUCCGAGCUCUGCAGUGACUGAUUGGGGAGAGUUUUAUUUGAAUUCAGCUAUCUGGAGAAGCGACACCAUGUUUACUCCUACCUGGAAAAACCGGUUUGAAAAUGAGUCUGUGUCUGAGUCCUGCGAUUCUGCAUCAGGAUUCACAUGUUCCCAUGUUUCGAACAUGGAAACCAGUAGUAGCACUGGAUGGCUUGGUCACUACAAACCUGCUGAUUUGGUAAGAAUGCCGGAUGAAAAUAAAUACAUGACUGUGUUGAGUGAUUCGACUGGUUUUCCUCACAUUGUUGUUGUUGAUACACAAACUGAUGCUAAAGAUUGGAGAACUAGUGGCAACUACGAGGUAACUGAUACUGGUAUUGGAGAUCAGGCUAUUUUUUUCUAUGACGAAACAAACGACUGGAUUUACUACACAAGCACAGAAAAAGCAGAAGAACCCGGGGAAGGAUUGCCGAGAAUACGUCAUUUGUGGCGAGUCAAAUCAAACACUGACGACACAAGAGAAUGUAUUUCAUGUGAUUUGAACACACUAUAUGCAGAUCGUUGUAACUGGGUUCAACCAACGUUCAGUCCUGGUGGAUCGUACGUUGUCAUUAAUUGUGGUGGUACUGCUAAUGGUGCCCCAAUAUCAACACUUCAUUCUAUUUCAAACACCGGAGCAAUUGACUUUGUUCGAGUUGUUCAGAAUAAUUCACAAUUGAUUGAAAAUAUGGAUGCCUACCAUUUUCGCACAAGAGAAUUUGGUGAGCUCACUUUACCUGGAGUGGAUGGAACAUUCUACUACACUCUCCAUAAACCACCAAAUUUCGACGAAACCAAAAAAUAUCCGAUGUUGGUUCAAGUUUAUUCAGGCCCAGCUUAUCAAGAGGUUGUAGAAAGAUUUUCGGUUAGCUGGAAAGAUUACGUUGCCAGUACUCUGGACGUCAUCGUAAUGAGUUUCGAUGGAAGAGGAACAGGAUUUCGUGGAGACGAAAUAAUGCACCAGGUAUAUAUGAAAUUGGGACAAUAUGAACCAGCAGAUCAAAUUGCAGCAGCUAAAAUUCUGGCAGCAGAAAACGACUUCAUUGAUGAAAGCAAGACAGCCAUAUGGGGGUGGUCAUACGGCGGGUAUGCCACUACGCGCACAAUAGAAGAAGAUUCUGAAGGCGUUUUCAAGUGUGGAUAUGCAGUUGCUCCUGUUACGGAUUGGGAAUUUUAUCAUACUAUAUAUACCGAACGUUAUAUGAAAAACAAAAUUGAAAAUGAGAUAGGAUACAAUAAGUCAACGACGAUGCAGAAGUUUGAAAAUUUCAAGAACCACCAGUACUAUGUCUUCCAUGGAACAGCAGAUGAAAACGUACAUUUUCAAAACGCAGCACGACUCACUAUGGCGUUGAUUGAAAACGACGUGGAGUUUGGUGCUUUUUACGCUGCAGAUGACAAUCACUACAUGGGAAAUGUAAAGAAUAGUUACAGAAAUAUAUAUAAAAUGAUUACGAAGCAAAUGUGCCGGUGUUUUGAUCUUGAUAAACCUGACACAGGGGUAAUCUGUGGACCGACAUCAGAGGCGCGAAAAGCAGAGAAAAAAAGACUAAUGCGACGGAAGAGAAAAUAGAUUAAUUGGUUACUUACCUAAUAUAUAUUAAUGUAAAGAGCAUUCGUAUUUCAUAUGUCCUAUAUGUUUCAAAAGGAAGUUUCAAUUCAUAUCUGUCAUCCAACUGUAAACCUGUAUAUACGGGGUGUCUCAAAAUUAGGUAUACACUUUUAAUUUUGCUUCGCUUUUCAGGUACUCAUCAUAGAGCGUUCAUUUCUUCAGAAAACAUAGUAUGGAUAAGUAGUAAAAUUUAGGUAUUGUUUGGAUUUUUCCUCAAGACACAGAAUGAAAAGAAGAUCAACCCUAGAAAGAGGCGCUGAGUAUGCCUUACUGAUUUAUAUGCUUCUUGCCAAACAGCAAUUUUGCACCUCAUUUCUUGGGUUAAUCUCCUUGUGAUUCUGUGGGU